GACCAUGUGGUCGAUUUAUGGGUUCUGAUAAUUCCACUGGCAAUUUUAUUGCUCAUCUUGCUACACAUCGAAUUACUAAAGAAAGUUAUAAAAAAGAAAUAAGUGAAGCACAAAAUAAUAGACAGCUAUCACAACCCUGA